GUAUUUAUGCAGCGGUGGCAGGCGCAAGGCAUUACAGUGAAGUGAAAUCGAACCGUCAAAACCAUAUUGUUGAUGUAAAACUUCAUGAAAUUAUUGUAAAUUCAUCACCAUGGUUAGAACAGUGUAUUCCACAGAGUACUGCCUUCAGUAUCUCGAACAGUAUGCAUCAAAAGAAACUUUCGUUAUAGGACUUAUUCUAGGUCAGACGACAGAUUCACGUGAGAAUGUGAUACAUUUGGCACGUACUCCAGAAGAGAAAAGCCCUGACAAUGCCGCGGAAAACGAGGCAUUCACAGCCUCAGACAAGCCUGAGGUUGUUAGGAGCUUGGCGGGAGUGUCGGAGGCGUGGAUAGCAGACCACGCCAAACAUGUUACUAGAAUGCUGCCCGGAGGGAUGUUUGUUCAAGGUAUAUUCAUCACAAGUGACGAAGAUAUAUUUGAGGACCCAAACUGCUUCAGUAGAGUGAAAGCAAUACUGAAUUACACAUACAAGUCGCUCAGCACAAACCCGUAUAUGUAUGGCAACUGCCCAGGUCUAACAGAACGGCUUGUUCUCCACAUGUCAACAAAUACAAAAGUCCUCACAUGCAAGAGUGUGGAGGUUGGUUCAGCAAAAACUGUACUCACGAAGCCUGUUGAUUGGAAAUUUUUGCCGAAACCACAACAGUGGCAGAGGCUGGACUGCUAUUUUGAAUUUGAUGAUGUUUAUCCGGUCAUUGUGAAGAAGAGUGGUAUUUCUGUUAAGCAACAAUUUCAACAAAUAUUGGAAUCAGCGCAGAAGACGAUAGAGUCCAGCGUUAUGUUUAUAGACGGAGAGCUAAAGACUGGUUCAGAAGCUUUAGAGAAUCUAAAUAAGAAGAAGAAACUCAAGACUAAUGCUAAAGUCACACAGCAAGAAGCCCUGAAGUCCAUGCAAGUGUCAUUGUUUGUGCCAUUUGAGACCUGUCUCCCAGAAACGGUCGAAUACCUGGAAUGCGACGGCAGCAUACACUUUAGCGGCGUCGUCUCGUCCAGUGUGUUCCUGUACCCAAAGGCGACGGUCAGCGAAGCCAUCACCGCGGUCAAACAGGACAUAGUGCGGUCGCUGGCUUCCCGGUUCACUAUGCACUGUGAUGCCUUGAUUGAUGACAAUCUGUUGCCUGAAGAGAAAGUGUGCUUCAACGAGCCGCCUCGACGCGUCCUAGUUCCCGUGGGCUCCCUGUUUCUCUGCGACUACCUGUUCCCCGGCGAGGCGCCCGCCGAGGCGCUCCUCUCCGUCCGCGAGCUGUUGGACCUGCAGAUCACCGAGGCUGACGUCGUGUGCGAUGUGGAGACGCCUGCAGAUACCUCAGAAUUCGACGCCCUCGACCGGGACGCCAGCAGCGAGGAACUCCUGGCGACCCCACAAGAAGCCAGCCAGCUCAUGUACAUAACCGGCAUCUGCUUCGCCCUGUUCGUCCUCAUAGUCUCCAUACUGGUGCACUAUUACGACACGAUAGUUCUGGGCCUGAGCAAGAUGUUAUCCAAGUCUUAGUAAAGGUUCACUAGUCAAAGCGGAGUCUAAAGCCACAUUUACAAUGAUCAAGAACUUGCAAGCAGUAUUUGACACCUUCGCUUAGUGCAUAAUUGUUUUCCUUCGUAUUGUCACAAGAAGCCAGCCAUCUCAUGUACAUAACCGGCAUCUGCUUCGCCCUGUUAGUCCUCAUAGUCUCCAUACUGGUGCACUAUUACGACACGAUAGUUCUGGGCCUGACCAAGAUGUUAUCAAAUUCUACGUAGAGCUUCACUAGUCAAAGCGGAGUCUAAAGCCACAUUUACAAUGAUCAAGAACUUUAGAAUAUUUGACACACAGAUACAAAUGUAGUGCAUGUUAUCCUUCGUAUUUUCAUGGAUAUGUACGAACGUGUCUUGAUAUUUCAACAAGUUUAAGUACCUACAAAAAGUACUAAGGUUGACUGAAGUAGCAUGACAAAAACGAACGUUUCCGAGAAAAUACGAAGGAAAACAAUUAGACACUACAUCUAUUCUGUAACUACACAAUACCCACAAUGAAUUCAGUCGAUCGACCAAGUACCGCAAUUUAGCGAAAAUCACAAGCAAGUUCUUGAACCGUUUUAAAUACAAACUUAUAAAUUGGGCUCUGGCUGGCUUGAAAAAGCCAAAUUGCUGCUCGUUACGCUGGAAGAAUAGUUAUUUACGAUACAAGUGCGAAAAAGAAGAAAUUCUAAACGAGUGGCGAUAAAUUAAAACACGACCGAAGGGAGUGUUUUAAAUCGACACGAGUUGCGAAUUACCUAUUCGCACGUGUAUCGUACAACGUUUUACAGUACAUAUGGCCCUUUAAACUUUUGACAUCGCACGAAAAGUGUUAUUUUACGCACUAGUGCGGGAAAAUAGCACCAUAUGUACUGUAAAAGUUUUUUAUAGCCAUGGAACACUUAUAUUCAUCAGAGCAAAUUAGUAUACUCGCCUCAGACGGCGAAUUUUUCCAUUUUGCCUUUAUGUCAAGAACAUUAACCCUAUUCUGCAUUUAUUGUUCAAGUUAAUAAUUAACGUAAUGGCUAUUGAUUGGAGAGGAAUUGUGUAAAAUGUAAGGAUAAAAUCGUGUUCCUAAUUUGAUAAUGAUUAAUUUGUGGUCACUGGUUUAUCACUAAACAACCAGAGUUACCGCAUAAUGUACUCGUACGAGUCGCAGAUAUAUCGGAGCGGCCGAGGCGCUGAAAAAUAUCCGAACACGCACUCUAACGCCUUGACAAUAGAGGCGUGUUCAGAUAAAUGUGAGCACCUUGACUGCUAUGAUAUAUCUGACGGCCACUGUACAAGCGGUACGGCGCCAUAUUCAUCAGCUAUCAAAUUCGAAGCCCGAAUUUUUCUUACACUUUUACAUCUUACUGAUGUACCGUCGGAAAGUUUCCAAAAUUGCUAAAUUUACAAAUGGAAUAGUUUCGGAAAUUUCUCAUUUUGGUAUGUGUGGGAAAAUGUUCAUUAUCAAAAUGAAAGUUUCCUUUUUUCCAGUAAAAUUCUCCUGGAAUUUCCGAUAAGUUUUCCAACUUUUUGAAAUCUUUCCGCGACUCGCACAUCUGAAAUCUUAUACAAUCAAUAAUACUUUGAUAACUCUGAAUAACUCGUGUAUAAACUGGUAAAGAUUUUUCAAUGAAAUAAAAUGAAUUGAUUUUAUAAUUAUAGAAUUAGAAAUUUUAUUUGUGACAAGAGUUGUGUAGGUAAUACGUUUCUAUUUUUAUGGCUACUUUUUUAUGUACAGAGGACAGUUGUGAUGAAUUGUGUAAUAUAAUAUUGCUUAUUAAAAAAAUAAUACCUA